CCAAAUACGUGAAGCGCAUCGCGAAUCAUGACAUGGCUUGGACAGAAGUGGUUGUGGUUUUCAGUUAAUUGAGGGUUUCUCUUUAUGUCGUCUUACACUUAUUGAGCAGACACGCUUCUAGUUUUUUAAGGACAGAACGCUGAAGUAAAGUCAACGCAAUUUUCUAGAGGAGUCCUGAUUUCCCGGCUGUAUCGUAGUACCCGAACACAUCUGAGGAAGAGAAGGCUGCUUAUUAGUUUGCUGGUUAGCCACUGCGCAAAGAUGCAAUUGGCUUUAAGUAAAACGUUUGGGCAGAAGCCAGUUAAAUUUCAGUUAGAACAAGAUGGGGACUUUUACAUGGUUGGGUCGGAGGUUGGAAACUAUCUGCGUAUGUUCAGAGGCUCUCUGUAUAAAAGAUAUCCAUCUUUAUGGAGGAGGCUGGCCUCGGUGGAGGAGAGGAAGAAAAUCGUAGCAUCGUCACAUGCCACUAGUGUUACUCUGCUGAAGGCAUCAGAAUGUGAAGAGAUCUUCGAGGGUAAUGACGAGAAAUACAAGGCGGUGUCCAUCAGUACAGAGCCCCCGGCUUACCUCAGGGAGCAGAAAGCAAAGAGGAGCAGUCAAUGGGUUCCCACGCUGCCCAACAGCUCUCACCAUCUAGAUGCAGUGCCUUGCUCCACCACCAUCAAUCGCAACCGAAUGGGCCGUGAUAAAAAGAGGACCUUCCCCCUGUGCUUUGAUGACCAUGACCCUGCAGUGAUCCAUGAGAACGCAGCCCAGGUCGAGGCGCUGGUUCCCAUUCGUCUAGACAUGGAGAUAGAUGGACAGAAACUGCGAGAUGCAUUCACGUGGAACAUGAAUGAGAAAUUGAUGACCCCAGAGAUGUUUGCAGAGAUUUUAUGUGAUGACCUGGACCUGAAUCCUCUGGCCUUUGUGCCCGCCAUUGCCUCAGCCAUUCGCCAGCAGAUUGAGUCCUACCCCACUGACGGCAUACUAGAAGAGCAGGCAGACCAGAGAGUCAUCAUCAAGCUGAAUAUCCAUGUGGGGAACAUCUCUCUGGUGGACCAGUUUGAGUGGGACAUGUCAGAGAGGGAGAACUCGCCGGAGUCGUUUGCCCUGAAGCUGUGCUCUGAGCUGGGUCUGGGCGGAGAGUUUGUCACCACUAUCGCCUACAGCAUCCGCGGUCAGCUGAGCUGGCACCAGAGGACCUAUGCCUUCAGUGAGAACCCACUCCCCACAGUAGAGAUUGCCAUCCGCAACACAGGUGAUGCAGACCAGUGGUGCCCCCUUCUGGAGACCCUCACAGAUGCUGAAAUGGAGAAGAAGAUCCGAGACCAAGACAGGAACACAAGGCGUAUGAGACGGCUGGCCAACACUGCUCCUUCCUGGUAGAGAGAGACAUGAGCUGCAUCAGAUGAUCCUCUGGAGACUGUUACUCUCUGUUACUCUGAAAUGAUCGAGUUUAUACAUGGUGUUACACACAAACACACACACACAGGCAUUUAUAAAGCAUCUGGACGUGCCUGUAAGCAUGAAUGCGCUCACAGACAUGUGGCCAGUCUCCAUAGGAACCUCGCUGACCGAACACAACACACACUUAUCCAGGCAUUCCUCUGCACACACAGUCUACCGUUAUCACGGUUCACUCUGCCUUCAGCACGUCAGUCAGCGUCUGACAGCAGUUCAGAUUGAACCCAGCAUCACUGUUAGCUAGAGUUUGUUUGAUUGAAGGAGGUCUGAUGUUACAAAAGUGACUGUUACACACAACAUGCAACAUUCACAGCACACCUGUCGAGUCAAAGCACCUGGCAUUACCUGGCACAUUGAAAAGGAAAAGAGAAGCGCAGGUGGAACUAAUAACUUUAACUGAGGCUCUGGGUCCCAGUACUGACUGACAGAGCUAAAUAGAAUGAAGUCAUUGGUAAUAUUAAUGGCACCUAUGCUUUUCCCACUAUGACAUGUCAAAGGCCCCAUGGCCACUUGUCGUUUCAAGUGAUUCAGAUUUAAGACCCUUUCAUUUACAUUUAGCCACAUUAAAAUGCCUGGUCUCAAAUUGAUGAUUUAGCAGCUGUUCUCACAAGAACAGAGGAGACAGAUCAUGGAUGUAUAAAGAACAUCGGAGUGUGGCUACUGCCACAGGCUGCUUACUGACAUGUUUCCACUAUUUGAAGAGUAAAGAUUACAUGUGUCUGUUAGACGGAUGCUUUUACAGAUGCACCUUUUAACAUCUGGCUAGAAUGUGUCUCAAUCUGUCUUAAAUGCUUCUUGGAUGUAUUAACACUGGCAGAUUGGAUAGCUCUCCAACUACCAAGACACAUGAAAUGACUCCGUGUAAAUGGGCUUAAAGUGUCUGUUAAGGGGGGGAAAAGCCUUGUAGUGCUGUUCCACUGAGGCAAGGUGUCCUGUUCAGCUGCAACAGAUACAUGACCUUUAUCUGUUUUUAUAAUUGAUUUAAUCGUCUUAGUCAUUUUUCAAGCAAGAAUAGUGAAAAAGUGUCAAACAUUUCUUGUUCCAGCUUCUCAAAUGAGAGGAUUUGCUGUUGGGAAUAUCUUUGGCUUUAGUCUGUUGUCACACAAAACAACACAUUUGAAGAUGUCACCAUGGGAAGUCGUGAUGGGCAUUUCUUCACAAUUUUUUUAUAUUUUAUAGACUAUACAAUUCAAACUGGCAUUGCACAUCAAACCUCUGUCGGUGGAUGAUAGCGCAGAUUACAUUACAUAAAGCCCCUUUGUGUAGAGAACAUUUCUGACUUUGGUGACUGAUUGUGGGAUGACCAAAAAAGAUCUGGUAUGAAUGAGAUCUCAUUCACACCAUCUCAUUGGGAAGCUGCAGUAAUGUCAUAAGAAAUCCUAUAUAUUGGGGCAUUAAUAAAUGUCAGUAAGCCACAUUAAAGUGUUUUGGCCAGAGAUGUCAGUGUUUUUACUUGACUGAAAUGAAACCAGUGUGCAUGUAUAAAAUCAAUCUACAGCAGUCCUUGGUAAUGUUUCUGCUGUCCAGACAGGUCUUCAGACAGUAGCAGUGGCUCAGAUCUGUCAAGUGUUUGCAGUCAGUUAGAGAGUUGGUUUGAUUUUAGCAAUUAGACUCUGCGUCCUGAUCUUGGUUGCCAGUUCCAAUCAGUUAUGUGCACCAGUGUUCAUCUGCAUGCUAAAACAUAGGUAGUUCAUACUGUACCAGUGCAUGAGGACUAAUUGUUCCCACUGUUUGUACUGUGCCUCACACAGAGUCAGUGUCAGCAGACCGCAGCCUCUGAUUUACUGUUAGCGGAGUGGGGGUGGGGGAUAAGCUGACAACAACCAAUGGUGUCUUUUUAAAGUGAUGAUUUUCAAUUUGAACAUACUCAUUGAGAAUGAUGUUAACAUAUGUACGGUUGCUUCUUGUUCUCUUCUUUUGUAAAAUUGCUUUACCUUUAUAGUGGACUCGUUUUUUAUAUGAAAACUAACAAUAAAGAAAACUUGUUGGAAACAUG